GAGAAAAGAAAGAAUGAAAACCUGGUGAGCAGCAGCAGACAGAAGACAAUGGGAGAAAGCAGGGAGGAAAAAAGGAAUGAUCUUUUCAUCCUAAUUGCAUAGGAUCCGAUUGAAAAGCCAAGGAUCUCUGUUGAUCGCAGGUAUUCACUCACAGGUCUUCGUGAUCAUAUGAAGCAAAAGUAACAAUCAUGGGGAUAUCAGGAAAGUGGCUUAGGACACUUGUCGGGCUAAGAAAAUCAGAGAAGUCUCAAAAUUCAGGAAAAGGAUGAAAAUAAAGGAGAUGCUGCUAAUCGACAUGAAAAAUACUCUGUUAAUGUCAAUGGUGCUAGUAUAGAUGAUGAAUUUGCUGAUGGGGCUAUGCCACAAGUUAGACAUUCUAGUUCCAAUUCAGCUUCUUCCCCUUCCACUUCGCUCCAUGUUCAAGUGUCUUGUCAAACUGAGCAAAAUGUAAAGGAGGACUGGGCUGCCACUAUGAUUCAAACCGCUUUUCGAGCUUUUCUGGCUAGGAGAGCAUUACGAGCUCUGAAAGGAUUGGUUAGACUUCAAGCUCUUGUCAGGGGGCAUGCUGUUCGAAAGCAAGCUGCUAUAACUCUUCGAUGCAUGCAAGCCUUAGUGAGAGUGCAGGCUCGUGUUAGGGCAAGACGAGUUCGGAUGGCGUUGGAAAGUCAACUAGGACAGCAAAAGCUACAGCAACAACUGGAACUUGAGGCUCAUGUUCGAGAAAUAGAGGACGGCUGGUGUGACAGUGUUGGGUCUGUCGAAGAUAUUCAAGCGAAGUUGCUAAAACGGCAAGAAGCUGCGGCAAAGCGUGAGAGAGCAAUGGCGUAUGCUCUUUCUCAUCAGUGGCAAGCAGGUUCCAGGCAGCAGACAGCCCCACCUGGGUUCGUGCCAGAUAAAAGCAAUUGGGGAUGGAAUUGGUUGGAAAGAUGGAUGGCUGUUCGACCAUGGGAAAAUCGAUUUCUCGACAUAAACCAGAAAGAUGGUGUUCCAACCCAUGACACAGAAUCAGCAGACGUAAAUUCCGGAACUAAGACCAGGCCGAAACCUGUUGGCAGAAAACCUGUUGCAAGGCUGCAAAUGGGUCAAUCUCAUUCCGAGGGAAGUGGCUCUUCAUCAAGCCGCUCUGUGAGCAUGCCGUCAGUAAAGUCUAGAACUAAACCAUCAACUGAGGAAGGAAUGGGAGAAGUCAUGUCAAGACCAUCUGGAAUGGGUCCGAGGUCCCUCAGCAAUCCAAAGGAAAGAUCUAAAUCAUCGGAAUUCCAGUCUAAGAAACGGUUGUCCCUCCAAGGCAAUGGAGUCGGAGCGGGAAACCGGCCAUCCGGCAGGACGACAAUCAACAAAUCAACUAAUGCUCAGAAGCCCAACAAAGAUGUUACUCAAAGAGAAGCAAACCAAACCAAAGAACUGUUGGAUCCUGAUGCAAAUCAAAUUGAACCACAAACUUAAGGGGCUUUUCUUUGAAGUUUAUUAAUCAUCCUGUUGGUCUGUAUAUAAACUCUUGUGUAUCUGUGUCAAUGUUAUGCAGAUUACUGACAGGAUUUGAUGAAGUUUGGUUGGUUGUGAUUCUUGCUUUGUGAGAGAUUGUGGUGUAUUCCAUUGCAUUGUUGUUUUAUUUGUUAUUGUAUUUCUCUUGUA